AUGGAGACCAAGCAAGAAGUUCCGAUUGUUGAAUGUAUUAAAGCUGAAGAAGUACCAAAAUGUGAUUGUGAAGUAGCAGUCACACAAGAAGAACCUGUUCUAGUAAUAGGAGGGGAGACUGAAACAAAGGCACAAGACACCACAUCUUUGAUGGAUAAAUUCAAAGGAUGGGUGUACAACAUUACCAACACUAUUCCAGAAAUUAAAGUUGGGUCCCAAGCACUUCCCAUAAAGGCAGAGUCUUAUUUCAACGGUGAAAUCGCUGAAUAUGAAAUGACUCAAACUGAUAAAUAUCACAUUCUAGUUUUCUAUUGUAAAGACUUCUCUACUGUCUGUCCAAAAGAAUUACAAGAAUUCAACGAGAGAUUUGAAGACUUCUCCCUCCAUGGAGCUGAGAUUGUUGGAAUAUCUGUCGAUGACAUUCAGACGCACAAGAGAGUCUGUGAGUCAAAACCAGAAGAGGGAGGAAUUGGAAUGUUAAAGUAUCCACUUGUUUCUGAUAUUUCUAAGACAAUCAGUACUGACUAUGGUCUUUUAAGCUUUACUGGAUUAUCAAACAGAGCAACAGUAAUUAUAGAUCCUCAAGGAACAGUCAGAUCAGUUAAAGUCCACUCCCUCCUUUUCGCUCGAAACGUUCAAGAAAUUUUGGAGGAAUUCAGAGCAAUAGUAAUGAAAGAUGAUAUAAAGAAAAACAUUGAUUUGAACUACUGA